GUCUCGGUGCCUCAGCCUAAAGUUAAACCACCCCUGCUCCACACUAAACUUACGGGACUCCAUCCGUAGUUGAGCCGCUGUGCUGGGACACUGUCAGAGUUGAACGGAGGGCGACAUGUCUCUUUAAAACGACUCUUGGUGGUCGUCAGGGCUGGAGAGAGUAUUAUCGUUUCCUGGCAGAGAAUUUUGACAGUUCGGCAGCCUGGCUGUCGGUCGGACGGCUUGGUGUUUUUGUUCAACUGCGACAGACCUCGCAACGUAACGGGUCAUGUCUCGUAGGAGUUCUCGCCUGCUGUCCGGAGGCUACUACAAUUCAGAUGAAGAAUCUGACUCAAGUAGUGUGACAAAUAUAUCCUACCGUGAAAACCCUGUCAAGGUUUUCAAGAAGAAGGCAGGGACCCGCAAGGCUGGCUCCCGCACCUCCAACAGAGCCAAUAGCAAUGUUAGUUUAACCAGCCCCGAGACGCCGGUCACUGCAGACCAGUCUGAUGAUCUGAGUCCCUCUCACUCGAGCGUCCAGCCCCAGCCGAGCAUGAGGACAGUACACUAUGUCUCCACCACAGCCACCCCUCGGCCUGCCUUGACCCCGUCCUCGACCCGGAGUCAGACGCCCACAUGCCUCCCCUCGGUACCUCCAGAGAAGAGCCCCUACGCUGGGCUCUGCAGCUCCAGCCGGCCAGGAUUACACCUGAGGCCCAACCACAAGGAGCUGAGUCAGAGCGCACUGGACAGCUCAGGGUACUCGUCCUCCGAGGGGAUUUACAGGAAGCCCAUGGUUGCCGCCAGCAGUAGCAGUAGAAUGAGCAGUAACAGUGGGGCUCUCAGUUCUGGAUACAGAAGCAGAAUCAGCGGUGCCUUCUUUCGUCUGAUGGACACAGCAUCAUUGGCGGCUGCCAAAGCACAGUCAAAAGUAAUGCACCUGACAUCCUUAGCUAACACCUCAUUCAGCAGUUGCAUGAAGAAGGCUUGUGGUCUGUUCCUCCUCCUCCUCAUCAUACUUCUAUGUAUUUGGUUCCUCCUUCCCUGGAUGACCUCUUUCAUCUCCCGCAUCAGUGUCACAAAGACGCCGUCACAGACGAAACCCAAGAGUCAACCUGUUAUCCCUGCCACUCCUACUCCCAAACCCAGCACAGUUCAUCAUGCACCUGUGAUGAAUCCAGCCAUUGUGUCUGCUGCUGUAGAAGCGAAGAUGCAGCCUCUUUUGGCUGUGCUGCAGCUAAAGCAAGAACAGCUUCUCUCCCAGAUGAAGGAGCAAAUGAAGCUGGACAUGCAGGGUAUGAAAGAUCGGCUAGAGGUUAUGGACUUGGACAGUCAGCUGCGUCUGGAGCAGGAGGUUGCCGGGCUGGCCAGGCAGAUGGCGGCUUAUCAGACGGACAGCCGCUCUGCCGCUGCCAGCCUCAGCCUCAGGAUCCAAGAUUUGGAGGCCCAGAAUGCUAAGCUGUCCCAGGAGUUGUCGUCCAUCCAGCUGAUGCCUCCUCCAGCCCCCUGUCCUGAUACCAACACUGCCCCUCUCCACAACCAUCUAACCCCAGAGCUCCAACAGGCCAUGGAGAAGUGGCUCACUGACCGCAUCAAGGAGCAGGAUAUCCUCAAGCUUGGUGACAAAGGAAGCGGCACAGACCUGGGACGUCCCAUGGCUGACAAAAUGGCUGACUUUGCCCUGGAGACCCAAGGUGCCAGUGUGAUCAGCACCAGGUGUUCGGAGACGUAUCGCAUUCGUUCAGCAUGCGUCACCUUGUUUGGUUUCCCUCUCUGGUACCCAUCCGAAAGCCCACGCACUGUUAUUCAGGGUCACCCGGUGCUGCUCCCAGGGAAAUGUUGGGCGUUUCACGGUGUCCAGGGAACUCUUGUCAUCUCUCUCUCCCACCCCAUAAGGAUUACUCAUGUGACGCUGGACCACCUGCCGCGCUACAACUCCCCCACCGGCCGUAUCGACUCCGCGCCCAAAGACUUUGAAGUCUACGGAAUGAAAAACGACACGGAAGAAGGAACGCUGCUGGAGACAUUCACCUACGAUGAGGAGGGAGAGUCGACGCAGACGUUUAAGCUGCCUAACCCCAGUGACGAGGUUUAUAGAUUUGUGGAGCUGCGUGUCCUCAGCAACUGGGGCCAUGUCGAAUAUACGUGUCUUUACCGCUUCCGUGUGCACGGAAAGAUCGCCUCCACAUGAGAUCCACCCGACGGCAAUGUGACGGCUCGUUCCAACACAUCAGAAUGUGCAUACGAAAUGCACACGUUUUUUGUUUUUUCUUAAAUGUACAACUCAAAUUGGUGGUCUGAUCUGGCUUCAGGCAAAAUGCUACUGAAAAAAUGUUUUGUGUUGACUAAUGUCACUCCUGUGUGUCAGCAGGUUUUGCUGUUUUUUUUUUUUUUUUUGUUGUUGUUUUUUAAUCUGCUUAAUGUUAAUGUGACAGAAAUCACAGGAGGUUUUUUUUAUGCACAAGUUGAAGUGCACACUUGGCUUUGAAUAAGUGUACAGAAUGAAGUGUAAAGUAUGUUUCUAAAAACCAAAAAUCUACCUAGUAAAAAAAUUGGGGAGCAUAGAGUUCUGGAAACGAUAUGCUUUCAGUCAUAUGAGCGUGCCACAAAAUAAUUUUUGAACUUUUGUCAUUAUUAAUUAUUAUUGCUAUUUAUCAGGUAUUUCCCGCUUCACAUCCGCACAGCACACAAUCCCACCUGGGAGAUCCCCGGCAAACCACAUUUCUUUACAUUUUGCCAAUGAGAAGCUGCACCGGAGCAGUUGAGUGUUAAACACAGUCUUUAAUGUUACUCUAACAAAUGAAAGGAGGGUAAGAGUUUCUCCUCCACUUUGCUGAUGUAGAUUUCCACAGACGGUCCUGGGAUCUGAACCAACUGCAACUGGUUGCAAUCAUGCGCCUCGAGGCUUCCUGCCACAGCACAUAAGUGAUGAAGUGUUAUUAAUGAAGUUAGAAAAGCUUAUUUCUAAAUGGCUGUGUCCAGUUUUGGACACAGCCAUUUUAAAUGAAUUUCAAUUAGAGCUGUAACUAACUGUUUUCAUUGUAGAUCAAACUGCCGAUCGUAUUGUCAAUAAAUUGGAUAAACUGUUUUGUCCAUAAAAUGUGGAAAAAAAAAAAAAAGAA